AUGUGGCUCCUGGCGCUGUGUCUGGUGGGGCUGGUGGGGGCUCAACGGGGGGGAGUGGGUCCCGGAGGCAGUGCCCCUGGUGGCCCUGGCCUGGGCCUCAGCAGCCUCGGGGAGGAGCGCUUCCCAGUGGUGAACACGGCCUACGGGCGAGUGCGUGGUGUGCGGCGUGAGCUCAACAACGAGAUCCUGGGCCCCGUCGUGCAGUUCUUGGGCGUGCCCUACGCCACACCGCCCCUGGGUGCCCGCCGCUUCCAGCCUCCCGAGGCUCCGGCCUCGUGGCCCGGCGUGCGCAACGCCACCACCCUGCCACCCGCCUGCCCGCAGAACCUGCACGGGGCGCUGCCAGCCAUCAUGCUGCCUGUGUGGUUCACCGACAACUUGGAGGCAGCCGCCACCUAUGUGCAGAACCAGAGCGAGGACUGCCUGUACCUCAACCUCUACGUGCCCACUGAGGACGGUCCGCUCACAAAAAAACGUGACGAGGCGACGCUCAAUCCGCCAGACACAGAUAUCCGGGACUCUGGGAAGAAGCCCGUGAUGCUGUUUCUGCACAGCGGCUCCUACAUGGAGGGCACCGGGAACAUGUUCGAUGGCUCUGUCCUGGCCGCCUAUGGCAACGUCAUUGUAGCCACGCUCAACUACCGGCUUGGGGUGCUCGGUUUCCUCAGCACCGGGGACCAGGCUGCAAAAGGCAACUAUGGACUCCUGGACCAGAUCCAGGCCCUGCGCUGGCUCAGUGAAAACAUUGCCCACUUUGGAGGCGACCCUGAGCGCAUCACCAUCUUUGGGUCUGGGGCAGGCGCAUCCUGUGUCAACCUUCUGAUCCUUUCUCACCAUUCGGAAGGGCUAUUCCAGAAGGCCAUUGCACAGAGUGGCACUGCCAUUUCCAGCUGGUCUGUCAACUAUCAGCCGCUCAAAUACACACGACUACUGGCAGCAAAGGUUGGCUGUGACCGAGAGGACAGCGCUGAAGCUGUGGAGUGUCUGCGUCGGAAGCCCUCCCGGGAGCUGGUGGACCAGGACGUGCAGCCCGCCCGCUACCACAUUGCCUUUGGGCCCGUGGUGGACGGUGACGUCGUCCCCGAUGACCCUGAGAUCCUCAUGCAGCAAGGAGAAUUCCUAAAUUACGACAUGCUCAUCGGUGUCAACCAAGGAGAAGGCCUCAAGUUCGUGGAGGACUCAGCAGAGAGUGAGGAUGGCGUGUCCGCCAGCGCCUUUGACUUCACGGUCUCCAACUUCGUGGACAACCUGUAUGGCUACCCGGAGGGCAAGGAUGUGCUGCGGGAGACCAUCAAGUUUAUGUACACAGACUGGGCCGACCGGGACAACGGUGAGAUGCGGCGCAAGACCCUGCUGGCGCUCUUUACUGACCACCAGUGGGUGGCACCAGCCGUGGCCACCGCCAAGCUGCAUGCUGACUACCAGUCCCCUGUCUACUUUUACACCUUCUACCACCACUGCCAGGCUGAGGGCCGGCCCGAGUGGGCAGAUGCAGCGCAUGGGGACGAGCUUCCCUACGUCUUUGGUGUGCCCAUGGUGGGUGCCACAGACCUCUUCCCCUGCAAUUUCUCUAAGAAUGAUGUCAUGCUCAGCGCCGUGGUCAUGACCUACUGGACCAACUUCGCCAAGACUGGCGACCCCAACCAGCCAGUGCCGCAGGAUACCAAGUUCAUCCACACCAAGCCCAACCGCUUCGAGGAGGUGGUGUGGAGCAAGUUCAACAGCAAGGAGAAGCAGUACCUGCACAUUGGCUUGAAGCCGCGCGUGCGUGACAACUACCGUGCCAACAAGGUGGCCUUCUGGCUGGAGCUUGUGCCCCACCUGCACAACCUGCACACGGAGAUCUUCACCACCACCACGCGCCUGCCUCCCUACGCCACACGCUGGCCACCUCGCCCGCCCCCCGGUGCCCCGGGCACACGCAGACCCCCACCACCUGCCACUCUGCCACCCGAGCCUGAGCCCGAGCCAGGCCCCAGGGCCUAUGACCGCUUCCCCGGGGAUUCCCGGGACUACUCCACGGAGCUGAGCGUCACUGUGGCUGUGGGCGCCUCCCUCCUCUUCCUCAACAUCCUCGCCUUUGCCGCCCUCUACUACAAGCGGGACCGGCGGCAAGAGCUGCGGUGCCGGCGGCUCAGUCCCCCGGGAGGAUCAGGCUCUGGUGUGCCUGGUGGGGGCCCCCUGCUCCCUACUACCGGCCGAGAGCUGCCACCAGAAGAGGAGCUGGUGUCACUGCAGCUGAAACGGGGUGGCGGCGUCGGGGCGGACCCUGCUGAGGCCCUGCGCCCCGCCUGCCCACCCGACUACACCCUGGCCCUGCGCCGGGCACCAGACGAUGUGCCUCUCUUGGCCCCUGGGGCCCUGACCCUGCUGCCCAGUGGCCUGGGACCACCACCUCCCCCGCCGCCACCAUCCCUCCAUCCCUUUGGGCCCUUCCCCCCACCUCCCCCCACCGCUACCAGCCACAACAACACUCUACCCCACCCCCACUCCACUACCCGCGUAUAGGGGAUGGCUUGGGGGGGCCCUCCUCCCCAGCCCUCCCACCGGCAGGAAGUGCCACUCGGAAGGCAGGGAGGAGGACUUGGCAACAGGCUUUUCUCGCCACAUGUCGAGGAACAUUAGGUGGACAUGGGUCUCCUCACUGGGAUGUGUGUUUUCCCAUGCGUAGAGGCCCGUUUUCUUCUCUGGACCUGGGCCUUUGAACAACUGGGGGGUGUUUUGUCCCCUCCAUUGGGACACCAGUCUUCGGUGUGCGGAAGUAUGGAAGGAUUUUCCCACGUGGAGGUGUGCUUUCUACGAGGGGGUGUUUUCCCAUGUGCAGGGUGAGGUUUUUUUUUGCCGCCCUGGACACAUGUUGGCCCUCUCAAAGAAUUUCCGCGGGGAUUUGUACCCCAGAAUCAUAUUCCCUCAUGCCUUCUCCCACCUCCUCUCCCCUGCCCACCCCAUGGAGACCCUGGAAGUGGUGUGUUCAUGUGCAGUGACCCUCGGCCACCAGAUGACACAGGGUGGUUCUUGGGAAGUAGUGAGGAACCACAGCGCCCCCUCCCUGGCCCACCCCCCCACCCCACCCCUGCCCUGGAGAAGCAUGUCUUUCCCCCUUGGCACAAGUCAGGUGGAGCGCAGUCUCCCGGAUAGGCCUCGCUUUCCACGGACGACAGACGCAGAAUCCCUGCCAGGGGGACCGGGGAGAUCCUGCAUCCCUGUACUGCCUGGGAACUCCUUUUCCCAGAAGUCCAGGGCACACUUCUCUGAGUGCAAACAUGUUCUUGCAUGUGGAUGUAUGUUUUCCCAUGCAGAUGGUCCCUUUUCUCUCCAGUACUUCCCUGCAUCCCCCAGGCCUCGGGCGCAGCACCUAAUUCCUCCUCACACAGCAGGUAGGAAGAGACUCCAAGCUGAGAGCAGCUGAGGGGGACGUAUAAACCCUGAGGGCGGAGCUCUGUCCCCCCCUCCCCCAGAGAUGCUGAGUUCGGGGUCAGGGGUGUGGGACCUGCCACCCACAGAGGCCGUGCAUGUUUGACCAAAGUCCUCACUGGGGUCUGAGGACAGCCUUUCCCUCAGUCCUCAGACCAUUACUCAUCUGUGCCAAACUGGGUCGGUGGGUUUGCCAAGCAUUCCCCAGUCCUGGGCCAGAGCAGGUAAGCGUGGGAGCAGGUGAGAUACAGGAGAUGGGGAGGUGGCAGCUAUAGGGGUCCUACCUGUGUCUCUCUUUUAUCCUCACCAUGUCUCACCCCUUCCUCUGUGCCUCAGGUUCCCCCCCCUGUUUGAAGCCAUCUCCGUGUCUCAGUGUCAGACCAGCUUCUCCCUUCAGCUGCCCCUUCCUUUUCUGUGACCUGCCCCUUCUUCCCUCAGUCGCCAAGGCUGAAGAAAAGGAGGGGUGGAGGGUGGAGGGGAGGAGAGCAAGGGAGAAAGGCUGCGUGGCUGGGGAGAGAAUGAGGUCAGCAGUGCUGAGGAACAGACGGAGGGGCAAUGGGCGGCAGGACAUGGGCAGACACCAGCAGGAAGAAUUUGAAAGGACAUGUGUAAGGUGGCUGCCCAGAGGGGACCUGAGCCUAUAGGGAGCAGAACCUCAUCAGGGACACCCGUUGAGAGAAUCCUUGUCUGUCGGCAUUUAAUGGGAUGUUAGUGCCAAACUUGAGUAGGGGGUGGGGUGCCGUCUUCCACUGACACCCAGAUCCAGAAUCCCUGGUCUUGGCUUCCCGGAACUUUGCCUCUUGACCAUCCCUUCUCCCACCUCCACCCAUGGAAACCAUUGUUUUCCCUCCCUUUCUCCUGCCUGGUCUAGUUCCUUUCCAAACAGCCAUGCCCUCUAAAUGCUAGGGACCUGGGCCCUGAAUCCUAUAGACAGAUGUCCCACAAACUGGGACAUGGGAGAGGGGCUGGGGGACCCCAUGAUUCAGCCACGGACUCCAAUGCCCAGUCCCUCUCCCCAGAACAGUUCCCUGACAAUCCCAUGUCCCCACCCUUUGCGGCUCUGUACACAUUUUUAAACCUGGCAAAAGAU